GCCAUCCAGGAAAUCACAUUUCCGAUCUCGACCUCUGCUGCUUCCUCAAACUUGGGGUAGAGUUCCACCUGCUGUGCAUUCCAGUUGCAUCUCCGACUUGGAGCUUGGUCCAGGGUGCAGCGCAGUCUGAGGAAAUGCUGUCCUUCUGGGAUGUGGCCAUUGAGUUCUCUCCAAAAGAGAGGGAAUGUCUGGAGCCUGCUCAGUGGAAUCUGUACAGGGAUGUGAUGUUGGAGAAUUACAGCCACCUUGAAUUCCUUGGUCUUGCCGUCCCUAAGCCACACCUGGUGACGUUUCUGGAGCAAAGACCAGAGCAUUCAGAUGGGAAGACACAAGCAGCAGCCACCAUGCACCCAGGAACAACACCCAAAGAUUAUAGCAUUUUCUCCAAGACCGUUGAUUAUAACUCACAAUAUAUUCAAUGCCGGAGAAUUCAUAGAAGGGAGAAACCCUUCAAGUGUGAAGAAUGUGGUAAGGGCCUUAGUUCUCACAGAACUCUUUCCAUGCACCAGAGACUUCAUACUGGAGAAAAACCCUACACGUGUGAAGAAUGUCACAAGGCCUUCAAUACUCGCUCAUCACUUUUUAUACACCAGAAAGAUCAUACUGAUGAAAAAUCCUACAAGUGUGGAGAAUGUGGCAAAUCAUUUUAUUAUCCUUCAAUGCUAAAGCAACAUCAAAGGAUUCAUUCUAAAGAGAAAAUCUACAAAUGCAAAGAAUGCGGCACUUGUUUCUCCUUGUUUUCACGUCUUAGACGGCAUCAAAGAAAACAUACUAGAAAGAAAUCGUACAAGUGUGAGAGCUGUGGCAAAUGUUUUUGCUUCAUUUCAUCCCUUCGGCAACAUCAAACAAUUCACUGUGAAGACAAUCCCUACAAGUGUGUGGACUGUGGUAAAAGCUUUAACUCUCUUAUAUAUCUUAGACGACAUCAAACGAUCCAUUCAGCAGACAACAGUCCUUAUACCUGUGUACACUGCGGCAAAUGGUUUUCCUAUUCUAGGAAUCUUCAGGAUCAUCAAACAGUUCACACUGGGGAGAAAACCUUCAAGUGUGACGAAUGUCACAAAGCCUUUCAUUAUCAGUCAUCCCUUAAGAUACACAAGAAAGUUCAUAUGGAAGAGAAACCCUACAAGUGUGAAGAGUGUGACAAAGCCUUUCAUUAUCACUCCUCCCUUUGGAGACACAAGAAGGUUCAUAAUGGAAUGAAACCCUAUAAGUGUAAGAAGUGUGACAGAUGUUUUAACUCAUCUGUAUCCCUUAGACAACAUCAAACAAUCCACUCUGAAGACUGUCGUUAUACCUGUGUACACUGCAGCAAGAGGUUUUCAAAUUUAAGAUAUCUUCGGAUGCACCAAAGAAUUCAUACUGGAGAGAAACCCUACAAGUGUGAAGAAUGUCACAAAGUCUUUCCUUUUCUCUCAUCCCUUAGGAGACACAGGAAACUUCAUUCUGGAGAGAAACCUUUCAAGUGUGAAGAAUGUCACAAAGCCUUUCUCUGUAACUCAUCCCUUAGGAUACACAAGAGACUUCAUACUGGAGAGAAACCCUACACCUGUGAAGAAUGUCACAAAACCUUUCAUCUUAAGUCAUCUCUUAGUAGACACAAGACACUUCACACUGGAAAGAAACUCUAUACGUGUGAAGAAUGUCACAAAACCUUUCACUAUAACUCAUCCCUUAGGAGACACAAGAGAGUUCAUACUGGAGAGAAACCCUACAAGUGUGAAGAAUGUCUCAAAACCUUUCAUCUUAAGUCAUCUCUUAGUAGACACAAGAAGCUUCAUACUGGAGAGAAACCCUACAAAGGUGAAGACUGUGACAGAUGCUUUUCCUCAACUUUAUCCUUUUUAUGACAUAAAAGAAAUACUCAUUAUAUAGAGAAUCCCUAAAAUUUGGGGGAAUGUAGCAAAGAUUUUUAUUAAUCUAAUAUCCUUAUUCAACACAUGAUAUAGUUAAUACAGGGGAGAAAUCCAACAAAUAUCUUAAGAAGUUUACUUCUUAAAACACAUCAAAUUUAUGGAGGAGAGUUAUCUGUCUAUGUUACUUUCAUUGGUUAAUUAAUAAAGAAAACUGCCUUGGCCCUUUAAGAGAACAGAAAAUUAGGUGGGUGGAGUAGACAGAACAGGAAGAAAGA